CAUCUCCUCCCCCCAUCCUCUCAAAAACCAAGCAAGAACAUCAUCAUAUCAUAUCAUCGAAGAAAAAAAGAAACCUUCCAUCACCAUCAUAUCUAUUUCGUAAUAAUUCACCAAACAAGAAUUCACCAAUCAUCACCGAGUCUACAAAAACCCCGUGCUACCUGCUCUUUUUUCCAAGAAUCUCCUCUCUUCCUUUGAACAAUAAACAAAACAUCUAUUUAUCUGUCUACCCAACAAACCUUCUUAUACAUCACAAAUAAAUCAUCAAUUUUCAAUCUCGAAUCCUAAAAUAAACGAUGGCUCAACGCAAUUCUCGUACUCCUCUCUACAUUGGCCUUGCUGCCGCCGGUGGUGUAGGUUAUUAUCUGUAUAGCGCUGGAGGAAGUCCCAAGGUUGCUGAGAAGCAAUUUGAAAGUAUGUUUCCCCUACAUUCAAUAUCGCCACCAACUUUCAACAUUUCAAAUCAUCCUACCACAACACACAACAUUACUUUGCAUAAAACAAUAACUAACCAGAAAACCAACAGGUGAUAUCUCUCGUGCAUCCGCAAAAGUAAAAUCAGAAUUACCAGGUCGCUCGACACAAGCUCAGAAAGAAGCCGAGAAAUGGGGUGCAGAGGCUGGCGCUAAGCUUGAUUCUGCCGUAUGUCUCUCAUCUCUACCAUUCUAGCCUUUUGACACCAUAACCUAUCAUCCCUCUUUCCUUUAUACAAAGCCAUCUCCUCUCUCUUCCCACAUCAUAGCCUCAGCUGCCAUCUCUUAUGAGCAUAGCACUAACUCUCUCGGCCAGACUGACAGAGCCCGCGCCGAACUCGCCAAAGCUGAAGGGAAAUUCGACCAAUACAAGAAAGACGCCGAUCAAUACCGCAAAGAAGCUACUCAAACCACCAUGAAGAAGAUUGAUGAGGCAGACCGAAAAGUCGAAGCCGAGGCCGCCAAGGCUAAGAGUGGUAUCUCCAGUUGGUUUGGUGGGAAAUAAAUUCCACAAACUAUUUAUUCGUUGUAGGAGAGGGCUUGCUAGUCUAGAAAGCUGAGCAUGAGCGAAACGUCAAUCAGAGUGUGUAUGCCAUUAAUAGGUAAUGAUGAUAUGGUCCGGAUGGAGGACGGAAAGAAGCUAAUAUUCGGGAAUACGGAUGCAGGAAUGGUUUUUGGGAUAGGACUUCAAUGAACCAAAGGGCCUCUUUUUCGCAAGUUAGUUAAUGAUGUUGGAACGAUGAUGGACCUUGUAUGAUAAUGAUAAAUCAACCUUAAAUAUCUCGCA